UCGUCAAUGGGAAGCACACGCCACGGUGGAAAAUCGAAUACUGUCUAGCUAACUUCCAUUUAGAACAUGGGUUUCACGUCGAAUCUGUGUUUGUGGAUUACAUUUUGCCUUCAUUUAUGUUGUUUUAUUAACACGGGAAAAGCACAGAAUGCGAAAGAAGUGAUUCUGUUGGAUUCCAAGGCACAACAGACAGAGAUGGAGUGGAUAUCCUCUCCUCCCAGUGGGUGGGAAGAGAUCAGCGGGUUGGAUGAAAACUAUACCCCCAUUCGCACAUACCAGGUUUGUCAGGUCAUGGAGCCCAAUCAGAAUAACUGGCUUCGGACUAACUGGAUAGAGAAGGGCGAUGCCCAGCGGAUUUUUGUUGAACUGAAGUUCACCUUGAGGGAUUGUAACAGUCUGCCCGGCGUGGUGGGCACGUGCAAGGAGACGUUCAACUUGUAUUACCAGGAGACCGAUUCGGAGGUCGGCAGGAAUAUACGAGAGAACCAGUAUGUGAAAAUUGACACAAUCGCGGCCGAUGAGAGCUUCACCCAGGGAGAUCUGGGAGAGAGGAAGAUGAAGCUCAAUACAGAAGUGCGCAUCAUUGGGCCACUGUCCAGACGAGGGUUUUACCUGGCCUUCCAGGACGUAGGGGCGUGCAUUGCUCUGGUCUCUGUCAAAGUUUAUUACAAGAAGUGCUGGUCCAUCAUUGAGAACCUGGCCACUUUCCCAGACACAGUUACAGGCUCAGAAUUCUCCUCUCUGGUCGAGGUGGAGGGCAUGUGUGUGAGUGAUGCUGAGGAGGAAGCCGACAACUCUCCCAAGAUGCACUGCAGCGCUGAGGGAGAAUGGCUGGUGCCUAUAGGGAAAUGUAUAUGCAAAGCAGGAUUCCAUCAGAAGGGUGAUGCUUGUGAACCAUGUGGCCGUGGGUUCUACAAGUCCUCGUCCCAGGACCUGCAGUGUUCACGCUGCCCAGCACACAGCUACAACGACCGGGAGGGGUCGUGGCGCUGCGACUGCGAGGACGGCUACUACCGGGCGCUCUCCGACCCGCCCUCCGUGGCCUGCACAAGACCUCCCUCCGCGCCACAGAACCUGGUCUACAACAUCAACCAGACCACCGUCAGCCUGGAGUGGAGUCCGCCGGCCGACACGGGCGGCCGCAACGACGUCACCUACCGGAUUAUGUGCCGCCGCUGCAGCUGGGAACCGGAAGAGUGCGUGCCGUGCGGCGGCAAUGUGGGAUACUCCCCCCAGCAGGCGGGAUUAGUGGACACCUACGUGAGCGUGGUUGACCUGCUGGCUCACGCCAACUACACGUUUGAGGUGGAAGCGGUCAACGGGGUCUCUGACCUCAGCCGAACCCAGAGGCUGUUUGCUGCCGUCAGCGUUGCCACUAGUCAAGCAGCCCCCUCCCAAGUGAGUGAAGUCAUCAAGGAGAGAGUUCAGCAGCGAAGCAUCCAGCUCUCCUGGCAGGAGCCUGAGCUGCCCAAUGGAGUCAUCACCGAAUAUGAGAUCAAGUACUAUGAAAAGGAGCAGAAGGAUCGCAUCUACUCCACAGUGAAGUCCAGGUCCACGUCAGCUACAGUGAACAACCUGAAGCCCAGUACAGCCUACGUUUUCCAGAUCCGAGCUUUUACUGCUGCAGGAUACGGCACCUUCGGGCCCCGCGUGGAAGUCACCACCAAGGAGGAGGCCUCAGCAGCCACCAUUGUCUCCAGCGAGCAGAACCCGGUCAUCAUCAUCGCGGUGGUCGCCGUGGCAGGGACCAUUAUCCUGGUGUUCAUGGUGUUUGGCUUCAUCAUUGGGAGAAGGUACGCGCUCGCGGGCCCGGUUGACUCUCCGCUGCUGCACUGUGGCUACAGCAAGGCGGACCAGGAAGGAGAUGAGGAGCUCUAUUUCCAAUUUAAAUUUCCAGGCACCAAAACAUACAUUGACCCUGAAACCUACGAGGACCCGAACAGGGCUGUCCAUCAAUUUGCCAAGGAGCUGGAUGCGUCGUGCAUUAAGAUUGAGCGGGUCAUUGGAGCAGGAGAGUUUGGGGAGGUGUGUAGUGGACGGCUGAAGCUCCCAGGGAAACGGGACACGUCCGUGGCCAUUAAAACCUUAAAGGUGGGCUACUCAGAGAAACAGAGGAGGGACUUCCUUUGUGAGGCCAGCAUUAUGGGCCAGUUUGACCACCCCAAUGUUGUCCAUCUGGAGGGAGUGGUAACUAGAGGAAAACCGGUGAUGAUUGUGAUUGAAUAUAUGGAAAACGGCUCAUUAGAUGCUUUCCUCAGGAAACACGACGGUCAGUUCACGGUGAUCCAGUUAGUGGGUAUGCUGCGCGGAAUAGCUGCAGGGAUGAGGUAUCUCUCUGACAUGGGCUACGUCCAUCGAGAUCUGGCUGCGCGAAACAUCCUGGUCAACAGCAAUCUCGUAUGUAAAGUGUCCGACUUCGGUCUGUCGAGAGUGAUCGACGACGAUCCCGAGGCUGUCUACACAACAACCGGGAAGAUGCAGGAUGUUAUGAAUGUGAUCUUUACUCCAGCCACUGACCUGCGUUUUACUGAACAGGGUGGGAAAAUACCUGUUCGAUGGACAGCAAUGGAAGCCAUCCAGUACCGUAAAUUUACUUCCGCUAGUGAUGUGUGGAGUUACGGCAUUGUCAUGUGGGAAGUCAUGUCCUAUGGGGAACGGCCGUACUGGGACAUGUCCAAUCAAGAUGUGAUAAAGGCCAUAGAGGAGGGAUACCGCCUCCCCGCUCCAAUGGACUGCCCCCCAGGCCUCCACCAGCUGAUGCUGGACUGCUGGCAGAAAGAAAGGGCGGAUCGACCCAAAUUUGAUCAGAUAGUUGGCAUCCUUGAUAAGAUGAUUCGCAAUCCCAAUACCUUGAAAACUCCGGUGGGAACCUGCACGAGGCCGAUAAGUCCCCUGUUAGAUCAAAGCACACCCGACUUUGCCGCUUUCCGCUCGGUGGGGGAGUGGUUGGAUGCCAUCAAGAUGGAGCGAUACAGAGACAACUUCACCGCUGCUGGCUACAGCUCACUGGAAUCUGUGGCCAGGAUGUCUAUCGAGGAUGUGAUGAGCUUGGGGAUCACUUUAGUGGGCCAUCAGAAGAAGAUCAUGAGCAGCAUACAGACAAUGAGAGCCCAGAUGCUCCAUCUACACGGCACGGGCAUCCAGGUGUGACAAUGGACUACCCUGCCCCCCCUCAUCCGCCGUGGAUUGCUGGGGCAAAGAGCUCUCUAGGGCAGAGCUAGGACGGGACCUCCCAGGAUAAUCAUUGAAAAUCGUGUGACAUCGUCUCAUAUGUCGUGACUCGUUUUUUUCCCCAAGUCUUUCGGGGAAAAUGAAAUCCCUCCUUUGUUCCUUGACGAAGGAUUUAACCUUAGAACGGGUACCAAGGAAAGAAGGAGAUAAUACUACCUGGACAUGAUGCCGUACUCGGAGGUCUCUGAGGAACUCUCAACCACAUAUCAAAUGGAAUUGGAGCAUCAAAAAUGAAGUAUUGUAAAAGGACCUUGAUGUGUGGUACAACCGUGUGAAUGGUUUUAUUGGAGCUCCAUGAAAAUGGAUUUCACUUUACAAUGAAAAAAAAAUCAUCUAAAACGUUGUCCCCUUGUGGUGAUUUUCAGUAUUCUUUUUCUAGUUUUUUUCUUUUUCUUAGUGAGAUCAGCCACAGCGAAAUGGUGCGGCACUUUCGGUUAUCUUCCGGUUUUCUUUCCGUUACUAUGUUACUCUUCCUUUUUUUCUAUUUUGGACUUGAGAACAGGGUAAACGUUCCCAUCCUAAAGGGAAGAUCGUUAUGGCAUCUGAACAUUUUGGUGGAGAUGAUUUAGAGGUACUUUGACCAGUUUGUCUUUGAGACACGCCUGGCUGUUUUAACUGUUUGCAGUGAGUUUUUUUUUUUCUCUCUCUCUGAUGUUUUUUUUUUUUACCUGAAAAGAGUGUCCUACACCUCAGAUACAUGACUUCAGACAUAGUGGUGUUCACUGUUGUCUUGCUCUUACAUGAGUGGUUGGCUGUAUGCAGAUGCUAACGAUUGAGGAAAAAUUACAUUUCAAUUUGUAUGUAGGAAGUUUUGAAACUGUACGACUCCCAACAAGGCAAAUGAAUGACAGAUUGAUCACAACUUUUUGUAUACAGCAGACUGUAAUAUCAACCAUCAAAGUGGCAAUAUUCCUGUUUACCCCAUGACUCUGUUGAUCUUAUAGUCCAGAAUGCUUUCAGUCUGCGUUCUGUAUUUCAUUGUUAUUUUCAAUUGAGCGUUACCACAGAAAGCACUAUAGAAAGAUUGUAUGGAAACUUAAAGAUGACCGCAAAAGAGUUGCCGUCAAAGGGUAGCCGGGGAUUCUUCUCUUUUUGCCGCAAACUGUAAUCGUUUUAUUUUGCGGUGAAUACAGUUGUUUAGGGUGAAUCUAUUAAAUGUUAUGUACAUUCUUUCUAGAAGUAAUACUGCCUUAAAAUGUGUUAGACUAAUGUAUUGCCAAUCCUUUUAGGCACUUCAGAGGCAGUUUUUUUUGCGGUUAAUUAAGACAGGUCAUAUGUAGGGUUGAAAGGAUAAGUUUUCUGUGUUUUUCUUUGCGGUAUCCUUUCAUCCUGUCAUCCUGAACUUGAAUAGAUGAAAUUAGGUGCAUGCACACUUAAUAUGUUGAGUGCCAUAAUGGAGGAUUGACACUGUCAAUGUAGGGUAGAAGUUUGACCAAACAGAGCAAUAAUAAGCCCAGGUAGAAAUGAUCCUCCUAUGAGAUUUUAAGGUGCUAGGUUUUACAGAAAUAGCUGUUGUGCUGGGUGAACGCUUUGGAAAAAUUCACCCACGGGGAGAAAACAAUGUGCAUUGACCUUUUUCCAGAUUGUCCGGAGUAGAGGGCUGGGGAGAUACAUUGGUGAACUAUCUUCAGAAUACCAAGUUAGAAAAUAAUAAAAUAGCACUACACGGAAGGUAUACCAUAGUGGGCUAAUGACUUAAUAACGUUGAGGUACGAUGUUAAUAAUGUCACGGUGUGAGUAUGUUGAGUAUGCACAGCUGUGGAUUGAAAGAGAGGUGACAUGACAGCCUUGCAGCACAGACUGGAACAUCUUAAUCGUUACCCCUGAUAUUGCGCAACAUCGAAUGAGAAGGCCUUCAGUUUCCACGUGACGUGCCUGCAGAACCCAGUUAUAGAAGGGACAUCCCGCCACUCCUUAGUGCUGUGAAAUCACAUGCUGUUCCAACCCUAGCCAGUCAGUAGACAUUGUUGCAUGUUGACUCCCGUUUCCCUGGUCAGACCUUUCCAGGAAAUGUUUCAACGUGCCUAAAAAUGUUUGCCAGUAGCCAGGACGGAGACGGGUUAUCCUUACCCCGCCAAUGUACUCAAAAGCCAACCUAAUGGUGCCAUCACAGUCUUCACUUUCUACAACAAAAUGAAUGUUAUGUUGAAUAUGUGUUUAGCAUUGUAUUCUCUGAUGAAUGGUUGUUUUACUCAUUUCUUUGGGGGUGGUAUGCAUAGCAUUUUAGAGAACAGCUCUAUAUAUUUAGCUCCUGGCUACAACUGAAGCUGCUUUAGCUCUAGUGGAUCCGGUUUUUUAAUGCUGUAGCAUUUUCCAAUGAUUUAAUGAUUCAAUUUGCAUGAAGAGAAUGACAUUUUCUUCAGAUAUCCAACCUUAAAGCACCAUCAUGGACUAAAUCUCCAAGCUUAGCAUUCGAAAUACCAUUGGCGGCGUUGUCUUUUCUUUCCUGGACCCAGUUCUGUUGUGCUUGGUCCAAAGGGACUCACCCCUGUGGAGGGAACCCAGGAAUAAGGCCGUGUCCAGCUUGCUCUGGGCCCCAUGUCACAGACACACAGCCCUGUUUAUCCAUACAGCAAAGCUCAGCAGUUGGGACGGUGCCAGCCUUUUGAAUUGAAUAGCGGAGUAAAGGCAUUCAUCAGCACAAAACUCCCCAGUUCACAGCCAGCUAGGCAGGCAGCAGUCAGUCCACCCUCACUCCCUACUUCCCUCUCUCUACUCUCCCCUGCUCUGAUCUCAAACAGCGAGCCCCUAGGGGCCUUCACAUCCAGGAACUUGAGGCCACUACCCCCCACCACCGCUCUCUCUCUCUCCCUCUGAGUCGGAGGUCCGACAGAGGCCGCAAUUUGAGCCAAAUUGAGAUUAAGACCUGGAUACAAUUGAUCCGCCACAUAAAUCAUGUGUGACCUUCACCGGCGGAGUCCUGUUUUACUCUGCUUUGUUUCUCACCUAUUUGGUCGUUGGGGAUGUUCAGCUCAACGUAUGGAGUGUUAUGGUUUGGUUUCCACAACGCUUAAGGCAGUUCUGUGCGGUGGGCUGAUGGAUUUCAAGAAUUAGAAGGAAUGUUCUAUGUGAAGUAGGAUGGUUAUCAUUUUCAAAACAUUUGGACAAACUGUUGGAAAUUGUUGACACGCCUUUGUACAGGUGGUGUAUGAUUCCAAAGAGUUCAGCACUGUUGAUUGUGUCAGAAAGAUCGGCGUUCAGAUGGAAACUUUGUAUAUGCUCUAAUUGUAAAACUUGUACAUUUUAUUUAUAUUGUUGUUUUUUACACACAUUACUCUGUAGUGAGCUCUGAAUACAUUGAAAAUGCACUAUAUUUUUCUAUCUCCUUGCAGAUGAUUAUUGUCACCCAGAAGAUUUUCAGUUGUACAUACUUUCUCAUUUAGGACCAAAGACAGCUGAUAGGUUUUCCAUCUAGAAUUGUAUUUAGUUUUUAUUUUUGCCUUUUAGUUUAAUGUACAGUAAUAAGAAUUCUCAAUUUAUUAUUUAUUUUUCUGUGAUGACAGUAUUGAAAGUCUUCAUUGGUCAAGAGUAUUUUCCCCAAACAACAGAACUGUAUUAUCCUUGAUUAGACUAUUUCUUGUUACAUAGGAACAUUUCUUUUUUGCUUUGUAACCUUUGUAAUAGACUGUACAUAUAUUUUUGGAAAUAUAAAACAAUCUCUAUAGAAA